AAUGAGAUUUCUGGGAGGGGCUUUAUAGUGACCUCACACCUCAUAUAUUCUAAGUCUGAACCGGCAUUUUCUAAAUAUUCAGUCUUUAAUCAAACCGCAGUGCACCGAAACCUUACAUCUAUACAGCAUCUGUCAGUUUGACCUCUGUAUCCUUCACGGGUCCGGCAAAGACGUAGAGCUUCAAGGAUGAAGAUUGAAAAUAUCCUGCCUUGCUCUCAGCUCCCUGAGGUUCCUCCUCAGACUGGCCUACAGUUCACUGUGGCAACAGAGGAAGACUUUGAUGACAUCAUGGCCAUGAGUAAGGACAUCUAUGGUGGCUUGGACUAUCUGCCCUCCCGCUAUCAAGAUUGGCUUUCAGAGAGCAAUCGCGUUGUCAUUUUGGCUCACAAACAAGGCAAAGUGAUUGCGCUGGAGUCAGCAUGUGUUAUUGAUGAUGGCGAGACCAUGCUGGUGGAAGGACUUCGCGUUGCCCCACAGGAAAGGGGGAAAGGCGUCGCAGGGGUGCUUCUCCGGUUUUGUUCUCAGCUGGUUAAGUCAAAGUUCCCUGACGUUAAAUUCUGCCGAUUGACCAGAGAUGACCAACUGGGGCCGAAAGACUUCCAGAAGUACCGACUCAUCACCAAACAGGGAAUCCUCCUGGUGCGUUUCCGAGCUGAAGACCUAAAAUUACGCCUUGCUGAUCUUGGGUCUAAUAUAAGUAUUGCAGGGAACGGUCUGUUCCCCACAAACAUCCCAGUCCGUUUGGAGCCUGCGGAGGUGCAUCAGCUCUUCCUAAGCGAUGUUUUAAUGCAGGACGUCCUCCCCAAUGCCACCAUCGUUCAAGACUGGCAGCCCUUCAAGCCUCUUCCAAGCAACAUGGCCAUCCUGAUGAAGAAGAACAUUGAUUGGAUGGUUGAUGAUGCCAGGCACCCAACCAUGGCCAGCCUGUGCACCUUCCCAUUCCCUGUGCCAAUCGGCGAUGACUGGUACUACCUCAACAUCGAUAUGUUCGGCAAAGACUUAGGGCUGGCCACACAACAGCUCCUGUGCCACCUAAGGUGCCACACUAGCGUAUUGAACGGUUAUGUUAUGUGUCAGGUGUUCCUGGAACCUGCACUGUGGAAGCCUAUGGCCGAUUUCCUUAGGGAGACCCUUAAAGUGGAGCUGGUGAAAGAAUACACAGAGCAGUGCGUUGUGGAGUCGGAUGUUAUUUAGUUGAAGGAUAACAGCGAAGGGUUAGGAGCAUCACAAACCUUCUCCCAUUAAAAUUAGACACCAAACUUAAAAAAUCUCCUUCAAAUAGGAAUCUAAAAAAAAUCAACCUUCCAAGAUAAACCAAUUAAAACUUUAGAUUUGGCGAUUCGGUAAUUUUAAUUAGUUUAAAUUAAUUAUAGGAUUUUGUUUAUCAAUAAUUAGAGUGCAGUCAAACACUGUAGACGUUUGUUAAGGGUAGCAUUUGCAGUACUGUGAAGACCGACGGGGGGAGAAUUGCCCCUGUAAAUGAGGGGAGCAAUAACAUUAAAUAAGGACCCAAACUUCUCCCAGGCCCUACCAUUUCUGUUAGCAUCACUGACAGUGAACGCAUAUUUACUUAUGCUAAGAUGCAAAGAAGACUGCACAAUCUUUAGGGCACUUUAUGAUCAAAAAAAUACGAUCUGAAUUUAGUGUAUGUUGCUUUUAAAAAUAGCACUGUAGCUGCUAAUAUUUAGAGGAAAUCAAAUUGAAUUGUAAACCGACAGACCAUCACAUAUUCAGAUCUUUAAACCUCUUUGAAAUGACUAGGUUUCCUCAGGGGAAGUAAUUUUAGAAUAAACAUCUUUGCUGAUCAUUUUUCUGAUAUGCUCCUCAGAAAAAUUGCAGUCGUUUAUAACAUUUCCUCUAAACGUAUUUUGCGGUGUUUAAACUAAGUACCUAAAUAUAUGUGUCUGAAAAGACCAUUCAGCUUAUAUGUUUAGAUUACAGUCUCAGAUUUUUGCUUCUUUAAGUACUUGAACUUAUUUUGUUGUGUCAGUGUUUGUAUCUAACUGUUGUGCAAAGUGUCAGUUUUAAUAACACACUUGAAUAUUGCUAGUUGUACAUUCAGUUAGAUAUGAUAAGAAACUAAUAGUAAAACACGAAAUAUUUUUUCUUUAAUUUAUAUUUUAUUUGUAAAUUAAUUUUUAACUUACUGGUACGGUUUAAGUGACAGGAUAACAUUUGAAAAUAAUAUUUAAUCGAAAUGACAGGAAAUAUAAUAAGGUACAUAUACAAUAUAUAUAUAAAUACAUGUUUGUGUAAAUGUUUUUCUAGAUUAAAAAAAUAGAGAUAAUUUAUAUGCAAUGCUUCAACCUACAGUGAAAUUAAAACGUACUUUUCCCCAACAAACGACAUCAUCUAGAAACAUUGGAAGGCAAGCUUUCAGUUUAUGAAUAUAUAUACCAAAAUAUUGCUUUCUAAAUUUUUCUGAGAUUUAGUCAUGGAAUCACAAAAGCAAAAACUUCAUUUUCUGGACAUGCUUCUGAGAAAAAAAAACACCUAGUAAGACAGGGAAAGUGAAGUGUGUGAAACCCAAUGGAAAAGAACAUAUGAAAUGCUCAUUUUCAUGAAAAAGAAGAUACAGGACACAUAUUACCUCCUUUUGGCCUUGUCUAGUUAAAGCGGAAGGGAGGGAAGACAGAAAAAAGGCAAAAUAUUACCAACCCAGAUGAAGAAGAGAAGAAAUCAAAAAUCAACAGACACAUAUUUACUUUCUUUUCCCAACCCAGUGUGCUGUUUGUUUUAUCCCUGAUUUAUAACAAACACACAGCACCUACGAGCAAAUGCAAUUUUUAUGUAUAAAAUCUAUCAUGCAAAUAACUUUUGCAGUUCUCACAAAGUCCACCUACAACGAUAAGCCAGGUUUGAAAAAUGAGAAUCUGUGUCAACUAACCAAGCAAUUUACAAAAAUCCUGAUUUUCUGUAUAACUAAUAAUUUAUCUGUUUUUUUGCUUAACAUUGCUUUGAUUUAUGAACUGUCAUCAUCUGCUGAUGUAAAGGAGGCUGUCUCCUUCAUUUGGACAUCUGCAUGUUGGACGUUUGUGUGACUGAAUUGCAAUGAGUAGCAGGCAGCCUUUUGUCAGCCUGGGAAAUGAAAGUCAGGAAUACUUAUGGCCCAAUUAUUGCUAUGGCAUAACUACUGAAUAUAUGUGGAUAUAUGCAUAUACUAUGUAUAGGUGUAUAUAUAGAUAUUAUUUUUAUUUAUUUGUUUGAGUUUUUUUGUUUUUUUUGUUGUUGUUGUUGUAAGCAAGAGGGGACCUGUGUUAAAAGACUUUGAUGGCUGAAAUCUCACAAUCUUUCAUGUCUGCCAUGUGCUUUUAGAGGAAAUGAUCAAAAUGAGUUUUAAAAGAUAUGGCUAAAGCACAAGCUCAAUUUUUUAUUUUUUUUCACCAUUAGUAACUCCAAUCUGUGUAUAUUGGCCUACAAGGUGUGAACUACAAAUUAUGUUAGAGUCAAGUUUCUGUCCUUGGUUUUGGAUGAACCUUUUCCCUCUUAAAGCACACAUGAUAAUUAGAUAUGACAGACUAGAGACCCCGAAUGUAUGUGGUAUGCAUUUUUUUUACACGGUGCCGUGUAUUUAGAUUUAAAUGUGCUAUUUCAAUUUACAUUAGUGGUAGAAGGUUUUAUGCUCUAUGUUUAGAUGUUACUCUCCUUUCAUCACUGUUUUUUUCAACAAUAAUGUGAAUGACAUGGUAAUUCAGUUAUCAUAGAAGAAUAAUUUUUUGUUAAACUCCACUUUCCUUUUAAGCACUUUUAACAUCUAAUUGCCUUUUUAAACUGUGCAGGAGGUCAUAACCCUAUAAAUGACAGACGUUCCAGUGCCAGGGCCAGAAGUCUAUAAAAGGUUAGAAGAAUGUGACCACCUGAUUGUUACACUGACAUUACUUUCAAUUAUGAAGUGGCUUUUCACUAUCUUUUUCUGGAAUGGAAAAAUGAGACAGGUUGCACAGGGAGAUGAGAGAUUGAGCCAGGGCUAUUCUAGGAAUAGGUGAUGAGGCGAGGACAUGUGACCCAGAUCACGUUACCACUCCAAAAAUUAGUAAACAUUCAUUUUGUAUUAUAAAAAUUACAAUGAAAAAAUAUAUAUUUGUUCUUGGAAUUAUCUACAGCGCCUUAUUUGUGACAAAAGGAAGAUCAUUUUUAGCAAGAGACCUUGCAGAAAUGUAAUGUAGGAGGAUAUAACAUAGAUAGACCAAAUAAGACUGAACAUUAGGGAUGUGACGAGACACUUGUGCUAAUCGUUUUGAAAUGUUUUAAAGGUGCAGUGUGUAACUUUUAGAAGAUUCCCUUGACAGAAAUGCAAUAUAAUAUACAUAAAAAUAUUAUCAGUGGUGUAUAAAGACCUUUCAUAAUAGACUAAAAUGAGCCGUUUUUAUCUAUAUGCACCGAGGGUCCUCUUACAUGGAAGUCGCCAUUUUGUGCCACCAUUUUUCUACAGAAGCCCUUAAAGGACAAACUUUGUUUACCAAGUUGUCUCUGAUGAUGGUGUGUUUGGCUAGCGUAGCGCCUCUAUGCGUUUCAAAAGCGAGGGUGGACUGAGAAGUUGGGCGCAAUUUGAAGCCUCACCACUAGAUGCCGCUAAAAUUUACACACUGCACCUUUAACUAAUCUAGGACUGUCACUAGCUGUCUUUGAUAAUAAAUUAAUUUGAUAUUUUUUGGUAAUUAAAAUUGAUUCAAGUAAGCAAUAACUUUCAAAUGUGUAAACACGUUGUUUUAUUAAACAAAAAAAACUGCUUUAUGUAUUAUAACAAAUGCCUGCAGAGGGCGCCACUGGACUCACGAUUGUUAUUUUUGCUUUUAUUUUAGAUUCAGAAAAUGCGUACUUUUGUCCAAACAAUGAAUGUUUGUCCACUUCCUUACAAUAGAAAUGAUACAGCCACUGUAAUUCUUGAACAAGAACAUGCAGACAUUAAAUCAUGUAAAUGUGGCACGAGACCUCGUCACACCCCUACUGAACAGGAUGUGUCCUACUGUAUACUCUUUAUGAUAUCUUAGUUGCACAUUGCUUGGUUUUUUCAGAUUCAGCACUGAAGCACAAGUGUUAAGACCUAAGAAAGCUAAUAGAGACUUGUUAUCUUGUAUGACCGUGGGCCAGUUAGGGUUUCAGGGCUUGUUUCCAAGUAAGGGACACUGAAUACAAAGGGUGUCAUCUUGCGCAGAACAAGGGUUCAGCCCCAGACACCCUUUACUUUCCAUCUGAUCUGCUUCAGCUUGACACUACAGAGAGGGUCACAUGGAAAGAGUGAGCAGGUGGGGUUAAAAUAAGAAUAGCCAGUUCAAACCCUGUCAUGCUAAUGUCUUUUGCCACAUUGCUGCUCAGUGUGUAUUUCUAAUUUUUAUAUUUUAACUGUAUUUUAUGUAUGUAUUUAUUUAUUCUUUUUUUUUGUCAUUUUACUGACUGCUUUGUAAUGUUUAUGAAGGGCUUUGUAUGUGUUAGAAGCAGUGGUAACACUUCACUAUGGGGGCACAAAUAAUCCUGUAUUGAAUAAAUGAAUGAUUAAUAAAUUAACGGACUAAUCCGGAUUUAAUAAAGUAUUAACCUUAACUACAACGUUACAAAAUUAUAGUUUGAUUCUAAAACUAUGCUACAUGUGACCGUUCUUCACACACAAAUCCUUAGGAAGUCAUCAUGAUCCCCCCAUGGUAAAGUGUUAGUAAAUUGGCUAUGUAUUGAACGUUUUGUGAAGGAAAAUGAAGGGGAAACCACCAGGGAGAUUUGUCACUAUUCAAACGUUACAAAACUGAAAACUAAACUUAAAGCCUGUUGUAGGUAAUAUCAUUUGAAUUGCUGAUUUGCACUGUCAGAGCUUCUCCUCUGGUUGUUUUUCAUAGAAACAAUAUUUUCAGCAAUGGCUAAAACACAGGUAUUUUCACCUGUAUGCACUAUGCUGUUUAGUACAUUCAAUCUACAAAUCUGCUGCAAGGAAAUCCCAAUGCAAAGUGCAUUUUAUGCCAUAACAUGUCAGAUGAGAUUUGAAUUGUCUAGCAUACUGAAUUUACCAUUCAUCGAACUAUUCUGAUGUGUUGCACUUUAUACUGUAGAUAUGUAGAUAUAUCAAAGCACACUGGGGGAUUUUCGUAAAACAUCAGUGUGCAAAGCUUUGUCAAUCAUGGUCAUUCAGAGGAUUACUAUAUUUUUUGUAAUUGUUCCUAUAUUGGAGCAAAUAGGCCUAUCUGCAUAAUGUCAAAUUUAUAGAUAUUUUUAUUGGUGUGCGCUCCUCGCUUGAUAUCUAUAGUGGUGAUAAAACUCCUACUUAAUGACCAUAGUCUGAAUAACCCACACUGUACCUGUCUGAUACUGGCUUUAAGGUAAUGACGUAUUAACUAUCAGCAAACCAGGGACCAUGAUUUCUGUAGACCUCAAGAAGUUGGUGGUUUGAAUGUCCUUGUCAUCCAUUCUCUUGAUGCACCAGUGGCUAUUGAGUUUGUGUCUUCCCAUUAGCCCAAAAAACAAACUGGCUUUCGUGUCUUGUACAAGUAGAAUUUUCGACAAUGAUCUGUUAUGGGUCAAUAGACCAGAAGACUCUUGGCCAACUGUCAAUCAAGAGGGUGAAUACGGUUUAAAUGCUAUAAAGGCAUUUGGAUUAUAGGAAUUUUCUUUUUUUUUUUUAUUACCCAAUAUGACUGCUUAUUCUCAAGCAGUGAUGUGACAAGUAAUGGAAAAGUAUUUCAGUAUUUUGUUAAAUUGUCUGUUUCAUGUUCAAAAAUUGUGAGAGAUGCAGAACUAUUUUAAAUACAGUAAUUUUUUAAAAGCCUUAUAAUCCACGAGAGGUUUUUGAAAUGUGCAUGUUGUGUGAGUGGUGGGGCUUUAUAUUGAGCAUGUGACUAGUUUACAUUGAGCACAAUUUCCCUGUACUAAUCGAUACUUAGAACCAAAUUUGUGAUUGAUGGUAACGGACAAAUAAACGGUGUAAGUUUAGACAGGGUAUGUAAGUCAAAAUGUUUUUUAACACUAGUCAAAUACAUACAUGACACAUUUUUAGAGACUGCAAUGAACUUUUUUCUAUUUUUGCUUGCGAUAUGUUAGUAUUGUGAUAGUAUGCAUCUCUAUAUAUCUUCCUUUGUGUAUUUAACAAACAACUUAUCUUCAGCAUCUUAACAUGCAGUUUGUUGUAAUAUUUAGAAAGUUACAAGUCACAUCUUAAAGUCAAUAUUACAGUACACAUUUAACACUGUUAGAAUGUAGAGUACCUGUGAGUUGUUAUUGUUUGUGGUAGUAUUACUUUUUUGUUGCUGCUGUUGUUUUAUUUGUAGUUUUGUGUUUGUUUUUAUUUUUGAAUAUUUUGAUAAGAGAUGUACAGGACAAAACUAAAUGUUCAACUGAAUUAAUAUAAUACUGGAUGAUAAACUAGUUUUCAAAAGUUAUUUUCAGGAUUAAUUCCCUUUAAUUUAAGUUCGUUUAAAUCUGCCUUUACAAAUUUCAACAACAAUUGUUAAUAGGAAACUGCACAUGUAUUGUCCAGAAUCAAGUGUCAAUACCCAGAAGAUAAGCCCCUAUUUUAAAACUCUUCCAACCCAUAAACUCAAUACAUAGUCGAAAUUCUAAUGAUGAACAUUUUUGAUUUAAUGCAUUUGUGAUAAGCUUAUAUCUAAAGUGACUUGCAAUGCAUUAAUGAUAUACAAUUACAUUUUUUAUCAAUUUGUGUGUUCACUGAAAAUAAAACUAUGACUUUC